UGUUCGACUGCAAAUUAUUUGUUACUUUUAUAUUAAAAAUAAAAAUGUCCGUUUUUUAAUCAUAAAACAAUGCUAAACGUUUUUUUUUUCUUUGUUCUAGUGUAAUCUCAGUGAGUUUUCUGUGUUUUGGGGGGUUCUUUUCUGAUUAAACUGACUUAAUCUCAAGUCGCCAGCCCUGCAGUAGCAGUUUAAAGACAGCAGAGGCGCUGUGUAAUCUGACCGCUCAGAGUUACUAGACGAUCACAUGUCACAAAUGUGACGAGGAGCAGAGGAGGAAGCGAAACUCCGAAAAGGAAGCCAACAGUCCAUCUUUUAGAUAGACAAUCUUUGGCAGCAAUGUCAAACUGCUGCAUUGACAAUAUUUCCACACUACAAAUGGAGUAGAAUGUUUCACAAAUAUUGCACGGCUCCAGCAUUUACCAGCAGAUGGAUUUUUCUCCAUGUCCUUGCUGAUCCACGGCUUGUUAAAAUGUCGAUUCCGCAGAGUUCAGAGGGAAACCGGAGCCGACAGAGAAGCAGCUGCACGGCGCGGAUCAAUGACGGCGGGGCCGCCGCCGCAGCAGCGCGCGAGCCUUCAGAGGAGGAGAGGGCCGUCCACGCGCUCCACAGAGAGGCGUGUGAGAGAAAGCAGCAGAUGUAUCUGGACCCUUCCAGUGGGUUUAAGGUCUUCACAGAGUAUGCCCACCUUCAGAGAGGAAAGUGCUGUGGAAGUGCGUGCCGACAUUGUCCAUAUGGCCAAGUCAACGUGAAGGACCCUGCAAUGAAGAAGCGGUUCAAUUCUCUCUACUAUAUUUAGGCCCAACAGACAAAGGUACAGCACUUGUUAUGAGGCACGACACACUUGGCUCGUCUUACUGAUUUGGACUAGAUUCAUUUUUUAGCCUUGUAACAAGUGAUGAAAUGUGGAAAGUUCCCGUGCAAUACUUUCCGUAUGAAUCACAGCUUUUUAGGAUGGUUUUCAUUGUCAGGAAACACAGAAUCAGGAAGAGGAAUUUGUUCACUACGCCCUCAUGUUCAGCAGUCUUUUAUCACAUUUUCAUUUUCUUAUAUUUACACGUAUUUUUCUCGAAUGUCCAAUGGAAUGCCUGCAGCUUUAUUUUUCAUGUCUCUUCAAGAGUAUUUAAUAUUUCGCAGUAUUCAGCUCCUCAGAUGCAUUUACAAGGGUUGUGGGAGUAUGGAGAUGAAAAUUGAGAGUGCAUUUCAGAUCUUCGCCCUCAAGAUAAAGGGCAUAUAAGCGAAAGCAACUGCAGAUAGUCAGAUAGAGUCUUCUGCUCUCUUGCUUUUGCGUGUCUUGUCUUUUUUUUUCUCCCAAAUGUACAACUGCAUGAAUAUUAGCAGCAUUUGCACUCCACAAGUGCUGGAGUAAACUGUCUACCUUUGUCUGAUACGCUGUGUUGUUAAAAAUAGGCCGGGGCCAAGGGUCAGCCCUCGCACUUGGCUGCACUGCUUUUACACCACUUGAUCGAAUCAGGCUGUUAGCAAACAUGCCAUGGACAUCAACAGCAGCCGUCCCCACCGGACUUGCAGCUCAGCCUCCUGGCAACACUUGGCUACAGCGGAGCUCCCUGUGGCUGCUCUCCUGAGCUGCAGCCUAAUGAACUUCUGGGCCUUCUUCUCCCAGGACUGCAAUACAUCAGCUCAUGUUCACCAGCGUGGUUAGGCGCACACAUGCAUAAGCGGCCUUACUCCAUCUCAGCGCCUUGUGGCUCCUAAUAGGCCAAUAUAGAAGAAAGGUUGCGCUUAACAUCACUCUUUGUAGCCCACAGUAACAGUUCUAGGUAAGGUCAAGCACUCACAGGCUGCAGCUCUACCUGUGUGUGCGAGAGGCGUCGGGGAACGAUGUGCUGCUUGAUUUGUGAGUGCGUGUGGGAUGGAAGCGAGAUGCCUUUAGGCUCUCUCUCUGAAGCUGCCACACACACUCGCCUGUCUCCGCCUGAUUGGGCAAACAGCGUCUCAGUGAGAGGAAGUGUCUGCCGCCGAAUCCUGUCGCAGCCGCCUACCGGCGCGGCCGCACUUUUUCCUCGGCAGGUGGGUCCCAAAGGCAAGCGCUGAGUGAUCGGAGCAAAGCCCUGCGAGCGGCUACAAGGAGAUUCAUGAUCCCCACAGUGCUGAGGAGGACAGGUUCUGGGGAUGCUUCGUCAGGCGGGAUGAGAGGUGCAUUUAUUUGGUGUUGUUCUAAACCAAGGCAGCGGAGCGUGCGGCAGCAACAUUUCUGCAUCGGGACAGGGAAGGUGUCACUCUCAUCAAGUACCUGGGCCCGCUUGCUUGUAGCGGCUCGGCGGCUUUUGCCUAGGGACUUGUCUGUCACAUUAAAGUAGAUGCAUUGCCAUUCAGGGCUUCGGCGGUCCCGCAGCCUGACCAUGAAAUAGGCCAACUUUCAUGUCUUCCACAUCUACUGAUGGCACUCUCUGAAUCCCCCUCCCCCCCACAACCAACCCAAGACACAAACACGAGGAAAUCCCCUUUUUACAGAAUGAUGUUAAAAUACAACAUAUUUUCCUAAUUUUUUUAAAUAUUUUUGCAAAAACUUGACAUUUUCUUUUGACAAAAAUAAAGUAAUCAAAUGUAUACAUUUUCCAUUUGUAUU